AGGGGCGUGGCCUCGCGGGGCCAGGAGGCUGCCGCGGCUGCAGCUGUCGCGCCAGUCCGAACAGAAGCGGGUCCGAGGCGCAGGUCAAUCCCGCCAUGGAGCAGCCAAGGAAGGCGGUGGUAGUGACGGGAUUUGGCCCUUUUGGGGAACACACUGUGAACGCCAGUUGGAUUGCAGUUCAGGGAGUGCAUUAUCCCCAUAGCUGCCGUCAGGGGCCACGAGGCUCCCGCUCUCCUCUCUUCCAGGAGCUGGAAAAGCUAGGCCUUGGGGACAGUGUGGACCUGCACGUGUACGAGAUUCCAGUUGAGUACAAAACAGUCCAGAGACUCAUCCCUGCCCUGUGGGAGAAGCACAGUCCACAGCUGGUGGUGCAUGUGGGGGUGUCAGGCAUGGCGACCACAGUCACACUGGAGAAAUGUGGACACAACAAGGGCUACAAGGGGCUGGACAACUGCCGCUUCUGCCCCGGCUCCCAGUGCUGCGUGGAGGACGGGCCUGAAAGCAUUGACUCCAUCAUCGACAUGGACGCUGUGUGCAAGCGAGUCACCACGUUGGGCCUGGAUGUAUCGGUGACCAUCUCGCAGGAUGCUGGCAGAUAUCUCUGCGACUUUACAUACUACACGUCUCUGUACCAGAGUCACGGUCGAUCAGCCUUCGUCCACGUGCCCCCACUGGGGAAGCCGUACAACGCAGACCAGCUGGGCAGGGCACUGAGAGCUAUCAUUGAGGAGAUGCUGGACCUCCUGGAGCAGUCAGAGGGCAAAAUCAACUAUUGCCACAAACACUGAGGAACGCUCAGGUCUCCUGAGACCUCAUCCUGCUGGGGACCCCACGAGGGGACAUCCACCCUCUGGGGUGUGGCCAGGAAAAGACAAGCUCUUCAACUUGGGGGUCCGAUCUGGAAGAGAGAUUCUGAUCUACCUAUCUCCUCUUCCUCCUUCUCUACAAAAGCUCCGGUUGAUUUGAGGGAAGUGGCUGAAAAUUUUCUUUUCUCCCAUUUUCCUCCCUGCAUCUGGGGACACAGCUGCCGUGACCAGGGAGGUCAGCCUGAGGGGUCCAGAUGCCCAGGGAGAACCUUGGUCUGGUGGGUCCAUGAGCUGCGAUACCACAGCUGGAGCCACGUGUUCACCUGCUUUCCUGUCUGUUGGUGAAGGAAUUUCAGAAUCCACUUUAUAUCCAAGACUGGCCUUUAUCCAAUUUAAAAGCGUCCCGAUGAGUCCUCGACCUUGACCUGUGCUCAACAGCCUGGCCCUUUCUGGGGCUACCCUGGGAUACGGCAUAAUUUUUUCUUUCUUUCUUUCUUUCUUUCUUCUCUCUCUCUCUCUUUUUUUUUUUUUUUUUUUUAAACCAAUAGUGCUAGUUUGUGCACAGAGUAAUUUAUAUUCCCUUUGGUUAAAAUGCAGGCUUUUUAGCCAACAACAAAAGUGUCUUUUUUCCCCCCUGCCAGGGUGAGGCCACUUUUGCCUCCUGCCCUGAAAAUUGGACUUAAGAUGCCAUGUCUUGGCUGGACACAGUGGCUCAUGGCUGUAAUCCCAGCACUUGGGAGGCCAGGGUGGGUGGAUCACUUGAGAUCAGGAGUUCGAGACCAGCCUGGCCAACAUGGUGAAACCCCGCCUCUACUAAAAAUAUAACAAUUAGCUGGGAGUGGUGAUGCAUGCCCGUAGUCCUAGCUACUUGGGAGGCUGAGGCUGGAGAAUUGCUUGAACCCAGGAGGCAGAGGUUGCAGUGAGCUGAGAUUGCACGGCUGCUCUCCAGCCUGGGUGACAGAGCGAGAUUCUGUCUCAAAAAAAACAACUGGACUUAAGAUGGCAUGUCUUGGUUUUAGGGCUGAAAAUGAGGGCCCCCUUGCUUAAGGCAUGGGGUCGGUGGCCAGGCGACGGGGUGGGACUGCUGCCCCCAGAUGUGGCCAUCAUGGUCCUUUCAACACCGAGCUAUGAGCUGUCGCCAUGGAGACCAGGGCCAUCUGUGGGAAGGUGGAUUUUGUCUGCUUUUGACUUUUCUUUUUUAAUAUGUAAAACUCCACAGCAGCGGAAACCCCCCGCUACUUCUGGCCUGGAGCUUCAAGGUUUUGGUGCUGGAACGAGUUUGUUGUUCCCUUAGCAGGGUGGUGGGGGGGGGGUCUCAAAACGGAGGCCUAGGGGCUGGAGUUGGCAGAGCUUUGCAUGUCCCGGCAUGUCUGAGCAGGAGGAAUUCCGGUCGGCCAAGGGGUUUUAUGUAGAUUGGUUUUGGAUACUCGCCCAGGAGUCAGGAGUCAAAUUUUAUCUCACUUCCUGGUAACCUUGAACUCUAGACAGGGAUGAAAUGAUGUAACGUUCCUCAGAUGAUGUAAGUUCAGCCAGAUCUUGAUACCUAUCAGGGAGAGAGGACAACUCCCACAGUGAAACCAAUUGAGUGAAAUGCAUGUUCUGAAAAUCAGUUUCUAUUUUGGCCUGGGGGAAUGUGGCUAUACUGUUUCCCUGCGUGUGACACAGUUGGAAUCUGAUCUUGUUGGUUUCCCAACAUCUAGGGUUUGUGUGUGUGUGUGUGUGUGUGAGAGAGAGAGAGAGAGACAGGGUCUUGUUCUGUUGACCAGGCUGGAGUACAGUAGUGUGAUCAUGGAUCACUGCAGCCUCCACCUCCUGGGCUCAAGUGAUCCUCCCAUCUCAGCCUCCUGAGUAGCUGGGACUACAGGCAUGCACCACCACACCUGGCUAAUUUUUAAAUUUUUUAUACAGACAGGCUUUCGCCAUGUUGCCCAGGCUGGUCUCGAACUCCUGGACUCAAAGCGAUCCUACCUUCUCAGUCUCCCAAAGUGCUGGGGUAACAGGCACUUAUUAUCCACUUAUGAGCCACUGAUCCCAGCCCAGUUCUUUUUUAAAACAGCUGAGAGUUUUGUUUCCUUCAACGUUCACCUUCCUUGUCUCCCGUUCCGAUGCUGGCAGUGGUUCCUACCUCUGUUGGGUUUCUAGAUCGUUUGGGAACUGGGUUGAUGGGUUUCUGUGAAACACAUUUUCCAAGUCUUGGGCUGUCUCUGGAGGGGAAGGUGGAUGCUGGUAGGUGACUUGCAGUAGGUGCCCGGCAGUGGGUGUGGACUGUGACUGGCAGGUGGAAAUGAGUAGGGACACUAUUGUUCCCUCUACUUCAGCCUUCUUUUUGCUCGAAAUGCCCCCUCCACACCCCUGGUAGCUCUCUGUGUCCUGAGAAAUCUGGAGGGUGGGAGACAUCACUGCAUCUGUCCCCCCAGCUUCUGUGAAGGGAAGCUGUGGCCUCUUUUGAAUGUGGGGAACAACUCAAGACUCAGGAAUCACCCAGAGGUCUUUUGGAAAACAACUUCAGGCUUCGUCUUGCUCUGUUCCUCAAAGGUCUCGUCUGUGGGCCUCUGAGGAGAAAACAGGUCUAGCUAAGCCGGGCAAAAUGGGGAAGAGGGUGUGCCAGGCCUGAACUGAGCUAAGCACCUGCCCCAGGCUCCACACUUCCAUCUUUCUUUUGUCUUCAUUUCACCUCUGUGUUUAAAGCACCGUGUGACAUAGCUCCUUAGAGAUAUAACCUAUUGUCUACUCAUUGUCGAGUGUGUGUGUGUCAUCUUUGUGUUCUUGCAGGAACAUUUGUGUUCACAUUUCCUCACCGAGUCAAGCCAGUAUCCCAUCCUUCCUCAUAAUGCACAACAUUUGGCUCAUUUAAAUUUUCUCAUUGUUAUUUUUCGUUCUUAUUUUUUGAGACAGACUCUCACACUGUCCCCCGGGCUAGAGUGCAAUGGUGUGAUCUCAGCUCACUGCAACCUCUGCCUCCUGGGUUUACAAAAGUCUCCUGCCUCAGCCCCCCGAGUAGCUGGGAUUACAGGUACACACCACCACGCCUGGCUAAUUUUUGUAUUUUUAGUAGAGAUGCAGCCUCGCCAUGUUGGCCAGGCUGGUCUUGAAAUCCUGACCUCGAGUGAUCCGCCUGCCUUGGCCUCCCAAAGUGCUGGGAUUACAGGUGUGAGCUACCGCACCUGGCCGAGUUUUUUACAAAUAUUUUUCUUUUGGUGGAACUCAUCUAUGCACUGUAUGGUGUGUUUUUCCACCUUUGUUGGGUCUCAGCUUAGAAUAGCCUCAUGUGGGCUAGGUUUGGUGACUCACACCUGUAAUCCUAGCACUUUGGGAGGUUGAGGCAGGAGAAUCUCUUGAGCCCAGGAGUUCAAGACCAGCCUGGGCAACAUAGCAAGAGCCCCCACAUCUACCAAAACAUACAAAAAUUAGCCAGAUGUGGUGGUGCAUGCCUCUGGUCCCAGAUACUCAGGAGGCUGAGGCAGGAAGAUCACCUGUGCCUGGGACGUUGAAGCCCCAGUGAGCCAUGAUCACACCGCUGUAGUCCAGCCUGGGCAACAGAGCAAGACCCUGUCUCAAAAAAAAAAAAAAAAAAAAAAUCCUCAUGCAAGAAGGUAAGGACCAAGUCCCAUUCCCUCUGGCCUCAUUUUCAGAGCCUGGGGUAGAGGCUACAGGUGGCAUAGGAAGGGUCUGCAAAGUGGGUGGGACUUGGCAGGUGUUGGGAAGAGGAACGGGAGUGGCGAGUGUCAAUGGUGGAAAGACAGGCUUAGGGGUGUGGUGGGAAGGCUGGGGGAGAAAGGUGUGAAGUGAUUGGGGGGCUUCCCUGAUGAGUCCUCAUGGAGGGUGCUGAGGCAGGGAACAGGGAUACAGGGACAGUGAUCGGGGCACCUGGUGCCCUGACCAGCUUGAUGAUGGCAUCUCUUUUAAGAUGCCCAAGUGUGUGCACUUUAUUUGGCCCCUAGCACCCCCUCCCCACCACAAAGGUCAGUGGUAUGUGUGUGGGGAUGUAGCUCAAAAAAGAAAUAAGAUGGAGUGGAAAGGAAAGAAAGGAAGAAGCAGGAAUUCAAGGUGAGUGGGCUGAGCUUGGGGCCACCUAGCCCACCUGCUCCCAUCAAGGGCUGGAACAAGCCUGAGGCCACUUGGAGAGGCAGGGCUGGGCAGGGACGGGGUGGGGGCCGAGUUCACAGCUUCUCCAUCAGAGCCAGAUGUGUGGAGGAAAUGUCCCAGAUGGCAGUAGUUUCUGGGCAGGGAGGGGAAUCCUGUAGAUGGUUCAUGUCUAUGAUCCCAGUGCUUUGGGAGGCUGAGGUGGGAGGAUUGCUUGAGCCCAGGAGUUCAAGACCAGUCCUGGGCAACAUGGUGAGACCCCAUCUCUACAUAAAUUAAAAAAAAAAAAAAAA